CGCACUGGCGGGUAGUGCUUCGCUGUUUCGCUUGAAAUCACCCGUGCGUGUGUGCGUGUAAGGGUGUUCGUGUACGCGCGCGCGCGUGCGCGAGCGUAAAACGGUGAACAUACAACCCCCAAAGACAAUGACAAAGUCGAUCUUGAAGCCACGUUUGCAUCGUUCUUUUUGAGCUAUUAGCCGUUUUCGCACGUAAGACAUUGGUCACUCAAAAGCGUCGAGUCGAUAGUUGAACGAGAGCAGUCUCCGCCAUUUUCGCCGAUUCCACGCGAGGAACCCCGAUGAGACUCACUCCGGUCCUGGUACAGUGGUUUGCGCGGCUGACGCCUACGGCCGCACCUCUGAAUUCCACAAACACCAACACAUGACCUGCGAAGAUAGUUGUUAAAAUUCUCGCCGCCGGGCAUCAUUCGGUUAUUUUCUCCGUUUCAAAGUGUUCGAGUCGACCUGGCCGCGCGAGUGUAUACAUAUACCAAGUGUGCGUGUAUGACAGAAGGUACACGUGCAGGUGCGUUGGUGAGGGACUUGGUGUGCGACGCCACUGCGCCGCAUACCAGUGAGGCCCCGGCUUCGGUAGGGAGGGAUAGAAAAGCCUAGAGUGAAUUGAAAAGAAACGACAGAGACGGAGAACGAGAAAGGAGGGGAGGGGGGCGUGUAGAAGGUAGAAGGACAAAGGGAAAAAAAGCAAAGAAGAGACUGAAAGAUAAAGUCAGACACAGACGAGAGAACAGAAAAGAAAAAGAGAGAAAGAGAGCAAAGGGAGUCCGAUACAGGUAGAGGGACUCGCAAGAAGGCGGCCAUAAUGGCCUGACGCGAUCUUGAGCGAUCGGCUACAGCUGCUGCGAAAUAUCCGUGCCGCCGAGUUCCUCUCGCCGUUGCUGCGCGCAGCAUAUUUUGCAACAUCGUGCUGCGAACACAUCGUAUAUGCGGCCUCUGUCUGCCUUUGGAAAGCAGCGGAUUACUACGUAAUCAGCUGCGAGGAGUGUUACCGAGCGGAGUCUCGUGUUAUUCGCUGCCGAGAAUGUGUCGCAUGCCUUGCAUACACACUUAAUAAGUUUCUGAGUCACGUCCGCGACUCGGCAAACGCGCGUGAGAAGGAAUUCGCCGGUUGGUAAUUAACGUUCAGGAAGAUCCAUAUCUUCGGAUGUCGUUGCCAUCAUUGAGAAGAUCGAUGCUUAUCGUGGGACCAACGUACCUCGCAUUGAAAUCUCCGAAAGGUUUCUCCUUUCAAAGCAAUUCUGCUCCAUAUCAAAUAUCGCUUCUAUAACAACGCGUGUCUGAGUUACAUAAAAUAAUUUGUUAAACAAACUUUCUGCCGAAGUUUUUUUCAAGUCAGAAUCAAACAAAUUUUUAACGUAUAUAUGUAAGUAACGUAUAUAUGUAAGCAAUUUCUAAGACGAAUUAUUAAUACAAUAAAUUCUAAUCGUGAUUUUUUUUAUCGCGGAAUUAAUCUUUAAGUUAAUUACGAACCAAAUUAAAGAUGAGGGGAGCUAAUCAGGAUACGGCGACACCAUAUUGUCGAUGCAGAGUACUCUAUCUAGGUAGCUCGGUACCUCACGCAAGCAAAGAGGGACUUCUGGGUGUCCAGGAACCUUUAAGAGAGCUCUAUCCGGAGCAGGGUGCACUGGGCGCACGCGGAAUCGAUUCCUGGCUAAGCGUUUGGAGCAACGGUUUACUAUUGGAGAAUGUCGACGAACAUCGUAAGAAGGUCACGCGGUUCUUUCCUAUCGAUGCGCUUCAUUACUGCGCCGCGGUCAGACACGUCAAAGGUGGAAACAGCGAUUCAUCCAGUACGCGCUUCUUGCCGUUGGACUCACCGUUUGCGCGAACACCCAGUGCCAAUCAUCCGCCCUUGUUUGCCGCCGUGUUACGAAGAACGACCGGCAUUAAAGUCCUCGAAUGUCACGCGUUUAUUUGCAAGCGAGACAUGGCAGCCAACGCCCUGGUAAGGUGUUGCUUCCACGCUUACGCCGACAGUAGUUACGCAAAAGGCCUGGAGCCGUCAUCGGCGACAACCAAUGGAAUUACCACGAGUCAUCAACAAUCAAACAACAGUCUAUAUCAUACUCUAGGUGGCUCAAGCACCACUUUAGACAGUCCUCAAGCGACUCGUUUGGAUACGACGUCGACUGACGACUUGAGCCUGUAUAACGGCGACGAGAAUCACAAGGUCUGGGCGAAGGGUCGCGAUGAAGUUGACGCUCUUUAUCAGGAACAAGGCACCCUGCGAAGCACCAAGGGAUCCAGGCCUCGUCAAUUGAUUGCCCCCCCGCCGCCGCCACCACCGCCGCCUCCUCCCCCGCAACCCUUAUUGCUAGAGGAAUCUUCCUCUUCUUCCGCGCGACGAAAAACUAAUAAAAAAUUGAAGAAAAUGAAGACCCGUUCAUUACACGAAGAUGCAUUACAGCAGCAUCAACAGCAGCAGCAAUUUCUCCAUCAUCAGUUUCAUCAAGGCGUAUAUGCCAAUGGGCAUGGACAUCAUACUUUGGGUCAUCCAAUCAGGCAGCAACACUACCAUCCUCAUCCGCUACCACCCAGUAGUCGAUCCGUCGCCGGUACUCUAGCUAGACCGACGCCGGUGCUUUUAGUACCAGCAGCCACCUUGCCGCGCAAGAGUCAUCAUCAUUCGCGUUUGAGACCGAUUCCGGCUGCGACACCCAUAGUACCGAUCUAUGCUCCUUUACCGGUAGUGCCACCGUCCGCAGCACCAACGACAGCCAUUUAUCCGGCAGGCACGUAUGGCACCGCUGGAAACAGAAGCAGAAGACAUCCGGAGACAGAUAACUCGACCUUAAGCACAUCCAAAAGAUUAGCUGCUUCUCACGCCGAUCUUACCGCGCCGGAAAUCGCCCGGCAGGCAGAUAGUCCGGAGAACGAGUCUCGCUUUGGUACCGGCAUAUAUCGGCGGAAGGGUCAUCUGAACGAAAGAGCCUUUUCUUACAGCAUCCGUGCCGAACAUCGGAGCAGGAGUCAUGGUAGCCUAGCCUCUUUGGGUUUUAGCGCUCAGAACGGCAAUGCGGUGCCAAAAGAAGAGAAAAAGGAUCGUGAGAUCGCUCAGCUGGUUGCCGGAUUAAGUCUAAAUGAAGGCUCGGAGCGAACGCAGGCUUCAAAUUCGAGGGGAGGAUAUCCUCAUCAUCAUCAACAACAGCAGCAGAUACAACCGCUGCCUAGGCCGAGACCCCGUUAGAAUCAUUACCUGAGAUUGACCUGCAGUGUCAAGCUGUCGAGAAAUUUCUAAGUGAUUCAAAGCGAAUUCUAAAUAUAUUUCAGAAGACGAAAAAAACAUCAUUAAAAUAGCGCUUUUAACCUUGAUGUGAAAUUGACAUAUGUGUUCACCUUGUUAAAUGCCUCUCUUUAUUAGAUAAUUUAUUGUCGUAAAUUCAGUUGAUUAUUCUACUAAUCUUCUAUUGUUAAAAUGCUAAAAAUAGACGAACAUGAUGCAUUUGAGUGCCUAAAUAACUCUUAAUGAUUACAAAAAUAAUAAUUAAUAAUAAUUAUUUAAUCAUAAAAAUUCUCUCUUCUUGAGAAUUCUCUUCUUUUAUUUACUGAUGGUGCUGCUGUUGGAUGAUUGUUCAACAAUGAAUCUCACUUUUUCCGGUCGAUCGCGUUGACGCAAGAGCGAUUUUGUCUGGAUUAACAAACAUCUCUUUGCAACUUACUUUUCCAAGCGUGACACUAGUGUUACAACGAUUUUCUGUUCUGUCAUCGUGUAAAAAAAAUUUCAACGCAAAAAGUUGAAAUUCUAAUAUUCCAUAGCAAAGUUUAUCUAACAGUGUUAUAGCAACAGACAUACUUUAAAUUAUGCUUCUUAAUUAACAAUACCGAAUUUUGAAAAUAAAAAAUGCUAUAAAAGCUUUUUUUAUUUUGAUUAUUUUCAAUUUCUGAUUAUAUUUCAAAUGUAUUUGAAAAAUUUUAUUAAAUCAGAUUAAUGUAAAAAAAAAAAUUGAUGAAGCAUCUUAGAUCACAUGAUGACAUAAUAUCUCGAGAAACGCAACAACCUUUCUAUCACACGAGCUUACUAAUUAGAGACUAUAAUUAGUGUCGCCUUACGAAUGAGACAGUUCUGCUAUCUGAAGCUCAUUAAAUGAGAGUGCGAAGCAUGCAGUAGAAUACUAUAUAUUUUCUUUGCAAAAAUAAAUCGAAAGAUUUACGAAAAAAUAUUUUAAUGUUGCCGGUAUUAGGUUAUUUCCUUGGACAUUUUGUGAUACAUUCAUAUUUUAAAUAUCAAAAAAAUUUCAAUCGCAUUUUAAUUUUUAUUUUGUCAUAUAUAAUUAACUAAAACAUUUUACUUUUUUACAAAUAGUAUAUAAUAUUUUAACUAAAUAUAUUAUAAUUGAAAUCUAUAUUAUAAUUGAAUAUGCAUAUAAUAUUUCAUAUAAUUUGAGACAAAAAGUAUAAGUCAAGUAAGAUGUGACAUAAAAAACAGAUCAAAGUCUGAUUAAAGAAAAAAUUCCGAUAAUUAUAUCCGCGAGAAAGAUACGCGAGUUACAUCUACCGAGAAAAAUGUCCUUGGUUAUGACAUUUUGCGGCCGACACGCUUUUAUUGUAACGUAUUAGUACUAAUGUCGUAGAUAAAGAUUUAAACGCAAAAAGAAUCUCGUCGAUACCGGCUUUGAGAUGUGAAUUUUUCACAGCGCUUGAAAGACUUUUAAAAGUCAUCACACGUCUGAAUAUAUUUAUAUGAUAUGAAUAUAUUUAUAUUAUAUGUAUGCUUAUUACCGUGUGUUUGUCAACUUGUUUUUAAUAUUGUCGAUGAAAGAAUUAUACUCGACCUUUCAAAAGUUGAAGCAAGUUACUUUGCAAAAACAUGUUUUUAAAGAUAGGAGAUGAUUAUGUCGUAUUAUAAAAAAUUAAUUCUGCCUAUAAUACUGAUGCAAAUGCGCUCACCGAUUAAAAAUACUUAAUGCGUCGAAAUUUUCGUGUACAUGUCAAAAGAUCUUAAUUAUUCAGACGCUACGCUACAAUUAACACUUUCGUUUUAAUCACCUUGUCCUGUGGUUACGUAAAUUAUAUCAUUCUAAUGCUGUUUAUGAAUCCUUGAAACUCCAAAUAUCCAAAUUUUGUCAACGUCGCAGAUUUAGUUUCUUUAAUUUAAAAUAUCAUUUAAAAAUAUAAAUGACGCGCUGCGAAUAUUUUAAAUAAUUCAUAUACGUGUUAUUCAAUGAAUAAUUUAGUCAGAAAGUAUGUAAAAACAAUUGUCCGUUAUUAUGUAACUAAUAUUCAAAUGCUGCUCAGAAGAGCGUUUCUUCUUCGAUCGGUACGUCACCAAGCGCGUCGAUUAUGAACGAUAAAAAAAGAUUUCACCUUUCGCCGUAAAUUUCUCCGAGCGGUAUAACAAUAGACGUUAUGCAGAAAAAUGUCGACAAAGAGUGUACAACCAAAAAAAUUAACAAUUAAAUUUCAUAAGUUUCGUAACUUUUACGAGAUAUUGAAAAAUUGUAUUUAAAAUUGUAUUGGAAAUAACUUUAAUAAUAUAUUUGCGACAUUUCUCUUUUUCAUAAGCGAUAAAAAAACAGUAAAAACGAAAAUAAUCUUUAGAUUUUCAACGAAUGCAUUGCGAAAUUGAAAAAUAUUUUUGUCGUUCCGAGUUAGUGUUCGAUUAAAAAAAUAAUAUUUAUGUAGAAAUUCAGAAUGAUAGUCAACGAUGCCGUCUUAGGCAUCGUCGGUUAUAAGGUGGCAUUGUGGCUAUUUAAUCGAUGCCUUCAAACAGAAAGUUGCAACGACACGUAGGCAUCGUUAAUGCGUCAUCGCUGAUUCUCGUUCACAGCGGAAGUAUUAUGUAAAUCGGAAAACUGCAAGCAGCAUUUCUUUAGAGAACGUUUCUUUUAUAGAAUCUUUUAUAGAGAACGUUUUUACAUCAUCAGAAAAAAAAGCCAUAAGUCAUAUUCCUGAUUACGUGCCUAACGAGCGAUUAAAUAUCGCCACAUUAAAUUACAGUCAAUUAUCUGACGAUCAAUUAUCUAAUUGUAAAAAAAGAAAGGCAUUUGAAAAUUCAAACACGACAAUCGCAUGGAAGCAAAUAUAAAUUCCACGUCACUGAUUAUUAUCGUGCACGCCAGGCGUACACAACAGGCGCGCGAAGGAUGCACACUUUAUUAGUCACCUGACUAUCGUUACCACGUUGUUUCCACGUCAAGGCUGCUACGCGGUUAUAACAUAAUUCUCUCACAAUCAGUUCUUUUUUUACCGCGCUCUUUCUAGACAUCCAAACAACUUUGCGACUCUUGAUAAAAAUGUAUGUCGUCUAUGGCAAGGACUAUUAUAUUGCUGUAGCUACUAUAGUUGCUGAAGUAGAAAGUGAGUGUAAAAUAUUUAUGAACCGCACAUCACGUGAGUGCGCAUUCGAGUAUAGAUACGAGUACAGUGAUAUAGAUCAUAUCUAUAUAAAAAUAUUUAUCAAAUAAGCCAGACAAAGUUAUAAUUAAGUAAACAUGCCAUUAAAUUGCGCGCAGAAAGAUCAGGCGGAGUCUCGGUUCUGGUCGACACAAAUAACGAUUACAAAUAGAAAAAUGCAUAGGGAGAGAAAUUUAUAUCUAUAAUCAUAUUUAUAAAUAUAAAUUUUUUGCCAAACAUGAAAUAUAUAUUUAUUUUAUUAAGAAUUUAUUGAUUUCGAGCAAACAAGAAAGAGAUCUAAUAAAAUAUAAAAUAUUUUAUUGAAAUUUUUCAACGAGUACCACGUACGAAUGAAGGAACGAAUUUUAAAGCAAAUUUCGAUGCCGGGCAUCACGCUUGCUCGGACACGAGACGCGUUAUUUCACUUAUGGUGCAUUAUAUGUACUAUGCACGCGAAUCUUUCCAUCGUUGUCGUCGUCGUUGACUACAUUCCGUUCCCCCGUGUAAUUUUCAGGGUUAACCGCAAAUGUUGUACGCGAUACUCUAGUUUCAGAAUUGCAACACACAACCGGUAGAAUGCAAAUCACCUUGAUUGGCAGUUCAAAUGGAGCGCGCUUCCUCUCCCGCGAUAAAAAUGCUUUUUAAUCAUUUCAUUAUUUCCGAACGAAUCGAAAGUUGGAUUUAAAUGUUUAGACAACAUUCUCCAAGAAAGUCUGGAGCGCUCUGGAUGUUCUGUGUGUAUGAGAAAAACUACUGAAUUAUUAGACUGUAACAUAUUUAAAAAAAGAGAGAGAGAGAGAAAGAAAUGCGUCGGUGAAACAAUCUUAAAGUUGAUUCGCAUGAGACAAAAAAUUUUGUCUUGAUAGAACGAGAAAUAAUAAGAUUAAAAGUGAAAGAUAUUUUCAAAUGUUGCGUUGAUAAGAAUUAUAAUAGUAAUUAUUGGAAUUUUUAAGAAAAAAAAAUACUAAAAAAAUGGCAGAUAAAAAGGCCAAAAAACAUAAGGACGUCCAAGAAAUAAUAACACGUUUUUUUUUUUAGAAACGUGUUAUUUUGUUAUUUUACAAUUUUUUUUUAUUCUUGAUAGGAAAAAAGUUUGAUAUUUCCAAAUAAAUUUCCGAGGUGGGAAUUUAUCAUCUUUCAUGUAUUCUAGCGUUUCCUCGCCGGAAUAUAGCCAUUGUACUUAUAUAUAUAUAUAGAAUAAUAAUAAACUUUUUGUAAGAAACAAUUUAUAAUUUGUAAUUAUAGCUCGUAAUAUUAAAAUAUAUAAGACGCUAUAAAUAGUAUAAAUGCUAUCAAUAUUAUCGUAGAUAUAGCCAGAUAAUGUAACCGUAAAAUUAUGUCGAUUUAACAUUCCGUACACUUGGACAAUUAUCAUCAACCGUCUUCCAUAAAGUUUCCAUAAAGAUUCUAUAUGCGCUCGUAUACCAAAUUGUCAAGUCAAACUAAUAUACCGAAUACCAAUGUAUCCGAUAAUAACGUACUAACAUAUUACGUGCGAUAAUGUACCCAAAUUUAUUUUGCAUCUAUCGUUUGAUAAACGAAUGGCUUACAAUGAAUAGAACAAAUAAGUAUAACAAAUAAAAAAAAUUAUAUAUAUUGGCAAAAAUACGCACAGUCGACAGACUGAAGAUAAUGGAUUUAUUUUUUUAUUCUCAUUAUUUUAAUCUCUUCUUGUUGUAUUAUUAUCGAUAAUGCGUAUUUUAUUUCAUUGUGUGUCUAGGUUUAAAUAAUACGCGCGUGACAAGCUGCAUUACCAGUCGAUCGCAUAAGAGAGGACACACGUAGCGGUACACGAACGUGUCCGAGGAAUAGUACAUCGUUCUUCUUUUUACUUCUUAUCGCCCUUUCGCCGGUUGUUGGCUGAGAAGAACACCGCCGGAAGAACGGUGCUAAGUUAAGGGGGACGAAACGCAUUUGAAAGAAUGCUAAUGGCAUCCGGAUGUCGGCGCACUAUUCCACGACCUUGCAGCUUUUCACAGCAAAAUGAAAAAUUGCAUAGUUGCUUCUUGCAAUGAAAUAAAGAUCGUCAUUUCACUGGACGAUUGAUUGUGUAUGUAGUAUAUAUGGAAUGUAUGUGUGCGUGAUUAUGAGUAUACGCAGGAACGCAACAAUCUAUUUAAAAACGAUUGCGCCGCGCAAUUAUAAGACGCCUGUCACAUUAAUUUUAUUAAUCCUCGCGUCUGAGACGAGCACUGAUAGGAAUGUGCCAUGGAGAAUGCGAAACAAGACUCAUUAUGUUUAUAACUGCGUACGGUAUGCAUACACGGGGCACGGCGAAUGGCAAAGAAUGAGGAUGCAUUAUCUCCUCCGCCAGGAGAAAAUGCGAAAAUACAUGACGUUGCGUAAGCCGCGCUUUUCCUUCGCGACGAAAGUGCGCCGCGGGCUAAUUCCGCCGCGUGUGUGCACGCGUAUACUUAGAUUAAUGUCAUAAGAAAAAUACGCAUGUGAAUAUAUUGUACACGCGUUUUGUCGCAACACAAAUAAAUAUCAUUAACUGAAAAAA